AUGGAACUGAUUGACCCUGUCAUUCCUGUCACUGAUCAUGAGGUGCAACAGGGACUACGUUUACUGGAGGCUCCAAUUGUCCUGUUUGCCGAGGCAGCCUUUGAGCGUCGUCACCGCCUGCGCAAACUCAUGAUCGAGGGCGGGUACAGAACACUUGAAGAUAUUCGUAGUAAACACUUCAUGGCCUCCGCAUCAUCACUGUCUGCUUCGCAGGGUGGAAGAAGGAGUCAGCAGCGUGCGUCUGCCCCGAGCGCUCUGGUGAGAAACAAUGAAACCUUUUCGCUGGCACCUCCAACGUUGGUGGAACGGCGCCAGGCACUACUGCCGCUGUCAAUGGCACGUGCAGAGCGUCGUAUUGCGAGCCUAAAGGAUGCUUUUGUGGCCGCCUCGGCUGUCGUUCGCCCCGCCCAUCAGGCGGCCGUGCAGCCAUUACAACGCAUGCGCUUGACAAAGUCUGUUCGCAACGUUAAAAUGGGGUGUAUGCAUGGAACUAACGGUGCCAGCGCAUCUUCUUCUUCACUCGUAGGGGGUCUUUGUAUGCCGUUUACGUCAUGCGCCGCAGUUUCCAUGCUGCCACACACGGUCGUCACCGGCGCAGCAGAUGGUGUCAUCACGCUGUGGAAUACGGACGCCUGCCUACCGCUGGUGAGUGUCUCUAGCUGCGGCAGUGGUUGGGGACACGUCCGGCAUCUUGCCGUACACCCGACAACGCCCUUUGUUUUUUCCACAAAUAUGUUUGAUUACUACAUUGCUGUCUGGCGUAUUACUGAGGACUCGUUUAAUGAUGGGGGUGUUGAUGUGAGUAACAAGACUGGGAUUGAUGUGCAUGACGUAAAACAUUCUGCCCAGGUUGGUCUUGAGCGUGUAGCUACAAGUGAAGAGCAGCAUAUGGCGCGCAUUCAGCGUCUUGCUGUGGAUCCCACAGGCUCCUUACUUGCCUCUACAAGUGAUGAUUCUACUGUGUGUUUGUGGGAUGCUGCAAUUGUGGCGCCUCAUGGAAAGCUGCCGUAUCUGUUAACACAAGAUGGGUAUGAAACGGCAGGUGGAACACUGGAUGUCUGCUUUCACCCUGAUGGGUCACUUCUCUCCACGACGGACAAGGCGGGGCGUGUGGUAACCUGGGACGUGCGAAGCGGAACGCAUGCCUUUACAACAGCAGGAAAGCACGGUGGUCAUUUAAAUGCCUGUACGUGUGUUUCGUGGUCACCGUGCGGGGUUCGUUUUGCAUCCGGCGGCGCUGACAAUCUUGUGCACCUGUGGGACGCACGAUACUUGUCGCGCGGAGCCGCAGAGGCACCGUGCAUCUUGGUGGGACACGAAGACGUUGUGACGUCAGUGUCGUUUUAUGCAAAUCCCGCCUUUCCUGUUCUUCCCGCUGCCGUGGCGUCGACCUCACUGGACGGCACCGUGCGACUGUGGGAUGCGGACGCGGCGGGGGCGUGUGUGCAGGUGUUGCGUGGUCCCUUCCCUGUGCGGGCGCAGUGCCGUCCAUCUGGUGGCUCGGGGAACGCACUACUGACGGUGGCGCAUGGCAAGUACUGGUCAAUGUGGGACGUUGUGGCGGAGGGUGCGGAGGUGGAGGUGAUUCCGAAGGAAACGGAGGCGACGUCGUCUGUGGUGCCAGCCCUCCUGCGGCGUGGCGGCGUGGAGAGGGCGGAGGCGGAGGAAGAAGAGGAAGAAGAUGAAAUGAUGGCGCUGCGCAGGGGGGGGAUAAUAGCAGCAAAAUCCCCUGGCGCAUCCUUGUUGAGUGACGAGACUGACGAGGACGAGGACGAGAUGAGUUUCUUGAAAAAAAAAUGA